CAUGCAUCCAGUUUCAUGUUUAAAUGCGUGCGUGAAGGUUGGAUUAUUUCGAGAGUGCAAAAGGAGCCCUAGUCCCCCAAAACGAAACGAAACAAGCCACUAAGCGCAGAAGAAGUGGGUCAAAAUUAUUUGAGAACUAAACAAAACAACGCACCGCACCAGCUAGCAAACAUGACCGUUGUUCAAAUCACAACACACACACGCACACGUCAAAAAUAGAGAGGAGAAGAGGAACGAACGCCGCCAAGUUUUUAACAACAUUGAUCAAAAAAACUACCAUAGAUGAUGAGCAAGCGCAGCAAUAACAAGAACAGCAAUAACAACAACAACAACAACACUAGCGCAGCAGCGACAAAAACAACAGAGCAAGAAGCAACACUCAUACACAAACACACAUACAAACAUACCGCACACACUCACACACACAUUUACAGAGACGAGGAGGCAUGAUUAUUAUGUUGUGUUUUUAGUCGAAUGUAUCUUUUAGUCGGGAAAAGGAAUACACGAAUGUCGGAGUCGCAACGGGCCACAAACGAAUUACGCAUGAAGAGAUCUCUCCUCGGUCUUGCCUUCUUGGUACACAACACAAGAAUCUCGCAUUUUCGAAACGCACCAAAUAAAUAAAACAUAAAAAUAAUAAAGAAAAACAGCCAAAACGAAAAUCAUCAUCAACUCAACUCGUAAAUCAAUAAAUUUUGUAUUCACAAAAAUAAUCAAACAAUACGAGAAGAACAAACAACUAAAACUAAAUUCGUAAAAUCCAUGAAUGAAUAUGUAUGUGUGUGAUUGUGUGUAUUUACAAGAAACUAUAUAAACUUUAAAAGAUAAACAAUAAAAAAAAUACAAGCAAGAACGGAAUCGACAACGAUAUUUUCAGCAAAAGGCAACGCCACUUUAAACAUCAUUUCAUUGAAAGUGUGCAGUUGCGUGCGGCUUGCAUGAGGCUGCUAAAAAAGCUUGAAAGUGUCUCAUUGACUGCCAAAGGCAACAACGCCGCAAACGAAGUUGCUGCAACAAACGUGAUCUCAACAAUCUUCUUAUGAUGGAACUCUUGUCAAACAAUUCGGUUCCGCAACAAAUGGCCAGCAGCAAUGCGCCCAGCGCCUCCAAUGUUGCAGCGGUGAAUGCUGCAUCGAAUGUUGUCGGUGUCGGUGUCGGUGCCAAUGGCAGCGUCAACGUUGGCGUCAUCAAUGGUGGCGGCAGCGGCGGUGGCAGCGGCAGUGGCAGCAUCAGCAGCAAUGCCAGCAACUCAUCCGAACGCCUCCUCGCCGGCAUCCUCGAGUCAUUUCCCUCCUGGGAUCUCAAUGUCGGUCUAAUGCCCAAUGUGGGACAAAAUAAUGGCUCGCCGCCACGCACUGAUUUCUUUAUCAACAAUUUCCUGGGCGGUUUGGAUACACAUGGCGAUUUUAGCAUUGGCCCCAUUGGCAGUGGCUCAUCGCGCAAUCCCAAAAUGUCACCGGAAUCUUCAAACAACUCGAGCAUCAGCUGCGGCUGGUGUGAGGUUAGCGCCUCGAUACGUUGCCUCGAAUGCAACGAGUUCAUGUGCAACGAUUGCCUGCGCGAGCAUCGCAACAGUCCACUAUCCUCGAACCAUUCAAUUGUCUCACUGCCCACGCCCAUUGGCGCCUCACCCACCGGCGGCAGCUCGGCCAACGCACACACGCCACCGAGCAGCAAUUUCAUCUGUGACAUACACAACGAGAUGCUGCGCUACGUGUGCGACUAUUGCCGCAAACUCGUCUGCCAAUUCUGCACACUGCACGAACACAAGGAGCACAGCUAUGCGUCCAUACAGAACUUCAUGGUUGGCUCCAAGGAGAAGCUUGAGGGUGCCAUCGAGAGCAGUCAGGUGGGCACACGUUGCAUCAAGAGCAGCAUUGACAAGGCUUUGGCCUUCAUUCGGCUCAUCGAGCGCAACUGCAGCGAGCUCAGCGACAACAUACGCAAAGCCUUCCGACAGUUCAUCAUUGCCAUCGAGGAUCGCGAACGCUUUCUGCUCGACUUCGUGGAGAAGCUGCGUCAGCGUCGACUUGCCAUACUCCACGAUCAAAUGGCCGGCUUGAAGUCAGCACUUGCUGGUCUCUCGGAGACCUCGGAUAUGCUCAGCAAGGUGGCGGACAAUGCCUGCAGCAUGGAUCAAAUUGAGAUUGCCAUGAAACUGACAAAUGGCCAGCGACAGAUGGAACAAUUUGCGGGCAUCUACAAGGAUCUGCAGCCCAAACAGGAGGUCUUUGCCUUUGCGCCACCCGACUACAGUCUGCUGCAGGAUAUUCGCAAUCAAGGCGGCGUGAUUUUGGUCGAUGACAAGAACAUGCCCAUUGUGUCCAGCAGCAAUGGCAUUGUGGCCAACAAUGUGGUCACCGCACCCACAGCAGCCACCGCCAUCGACAUGGGCUUCACCAUGCCUAGCAUGGCCAGCACGGGACCCUUAACGGUCGCCUCCACAACAGUGCGACGUCCGCUGCUGCGCGACAACAGCUUCCGCAUCCCAUCGCCCAUCAUGCAGCCGCGUGGUGGCAGCGCCUGUGGCAUGUCAAGUGCUGCACUCGACUGGGAGCUGAACGGAUUGCGUAGCUCACCGGGUUUGCACUUCAGUGCGCCACGCACCACUCAAGCGAUUCCCGGUUGCAUGGAUCUGGUCAAGGUGCGCAAUUCCAAUUCGCUGUCGCUGUCGUUUGCCACCGAGGGUCAUGAGGAUGGCCAGGUGAGCCGCCCCUGGGGCCUGUGCGUCGAUAAGAUGGGACAUGUGCUAGUCUCCGAUAGACGCAACAAUCGUGUUCAGGUCUUCAAUCCGGAUGGUUCGCUCAAGUUCAAAUUUGGUCGCAAGGGCGUCGGCAAUGGCGAGUUCGAUUUGCCCGCUGGCAUUUGCGUUGAUGUCGACAAUCGCAUCAUUGUCGUGGACAAGGAUAAUCAUCGUGUGCAGAUCUUCACAGCCAGCGGUGUCUUUCUCCUCAAAUUCGGCAGCUAUGGCAAGGAGUAUGGACAGUUCCAGUAUCCCUGGGAUGUGGCUGUCAAUUCGCGUCGUCAGAUUGUGGUCACCGAUUCGCGCAAUCAUCGCAUACAGCAAUUCGAUUCCGAGGGACGCUUCAUACGCCAGAUUGUGUUCGACAACCAUGGCCAAACGAAGGGCAUUGCAUCGCCACGAGGCGUCUGCUAUACACCGACGGGAAACAUCAUUGUAUCCGACUUUGACAACCACUGCUUGUAUCUGAUUGAUCCCGAUAUCAAUGAUAUUCUGUCUGUCAAGGGCCAUGAGGGAUCUGGUUUCCAUGAGUUCAAUCGCCCCUCGGGUCUGUGCUGCGAUGACGAGGGCCGCAUUAUAGUCGCCGAUUCAAAGAAUCAACGCAUACUCGUCUUUAAUCAGAAUCUCGACUUUAUGUGGGAUAUCGAAGUACGUCCAUCCAUCAAUCCGCUAAUGCCGCCAACGUUGGAUGAAAAGGAUCGCACUUGCGAUGUGGCAUUGAUGCCGGAUGGACGCAUCGUAUUCCUCAUAGAGCUGUCGCCGGACUCCAAAGAAGGGUCUAACCCUUAUAAGCGGUUUGUGCAUGUAUUCUAAAUUAGUUUAUAAAGCAAAACAAACACAAAAAAACAAAACACAAAAGGCCAGAUCAAAGAGACAGACGAAGAUGACGACGACGUUUUUUUUAGACCAUUUACAAGCGCUAAAAUGUUUAGCAUAAAAAAAUGAAUCCAAAACAAAAAACAAAAACAGAAACGAAACAAAACAAAACAAAAACAAAAUACGGCAUUAAAAUUAGUGAAAAUUUUUAGCAUAAGUGCUACAACGAUUACCUCGAUAAUGCUUAAGAGUUAUUAAACACGGUUACGAUUUGGUAAUUUACAUAAAUUAUACAUACAUACGAUAUGUAUAUAGAUGCAUAGAUAUACAUGUAUUUAGCGAAUAUACAAGAUGCAACAAGCAACCAACCAACCAACUAGAGAACUUAACAAAAAAACAAAACAAAAAGAAAACAAAAGCAAAAUACCAACAACAGACAACGCGUUCAGUAGAUUUUUAGGCUAGAGAUCCUAGAAAAAAAAAGAAAAGGAAAUGAGGAAAAACUAGAGAAAAAAAAAAAAACAAAACAAAACACUUUAUAUACAAGAAAACGAAAAAAGAAAAAAAGGGAAGGAAACAAAACAGACACACACACACACACAAAGUAUGUACUAGAUGAAAAUAUUAUUACCUGUUAGUUAGACUGAGAGCAGUUUGCUAGCUAAAAGUUGAAAGUGGUAGGAGAGCUACUAGAAAAAACGAUAUAUAAAGAGAGACAGAGGAGAACCACUAAGUUUUGUUUUAUUUGUUCUUUUUUCCUUUUGUAUAUUUGUUGGAUUGUUUUGGAUUCGUUUUCCAUUUUUGACGAGUCACUCAAUUAGAGUUUAUUUUUUUUAACUAUAGUUACAUAUACGUAUAUAGAUAUAUAUAUUUUCCAAUUUUAAUUGUGGUAAUGUCAAAGUUGAUAUAGAUAUAUUUUUUUUAGUAUUGUUUAUUAUGACUAAUUUCUUAUAAUUGAGACUGAGAAAGUGAGUAUGAAACUUUGUAAAAGGUAUAAAUGGUAUAAUUAAUUAAUUAAUUAAUGAAAACACAAAACAAAACAAAAAUGAUGAUGGUAAUUAUAAAUGAAACCCGCUGACUUUUGGUUGAACUCUUUAACGAAGACUGAUUAACUAAACGGCAAUUGUGGAGCCAACUGAAACACCAUAUAUGGUGAGGCCAAAAAAAAAAUUGCAAUGACAUUGAUAAACGUAACGUAACGUAACUUAAAAUAACAUAGUUUAACAUAAACACAACAUACAUAUGUACUAUAUACUCUAUAUGUUAUUAUAUAAAGAAUAUAUGCAUAACUCAGCGCCACAUAAAACAAACAGUCACAACAACAAUUCACAUCAAAUUAUCAUAAUAUGGGCAUAGCUUAAACCGAGUUUAACUGACAUAUACAUACAUACAUACAUA